GUUUACCCACAUAUACGCAAUACUCCAGAUCCAAAAUAUGGCACCUGCAAUUUCAGAAUUAAAAAAGGGAUAUGUUGAAUGGGGCGAUUGAAUGAUAAUCUUUUGUUUGGGUCUAUUUGAUGCGAUGCACAAUUCGUAUUUGAGAAGCAGGUAUGUAAACACAAUUCUUUUCUAUGCAAAGAACUCUUGGAAUGACUUCUGGUCCAACAUCUGGAGUGCGGCGGAGUUCUAUGGUGAGCUGAAACAACGAAGGAGACGAAGGGGAUCCGGCAAUUGAUGUUUUUUUAAUAGGAAGCAUAAAACUGUACCGUUUUGGGAUCGGCACACCAUGCUCAUGGUGGGCCGAUCCCACGGUAUAAUUUGCGCUAAUAGUAGCUACUGCAACUAUACAUAACAAAUUAGUUAGGACUGUUUUUUCGUUUAGUUACAUAUAUGUAUACUCUUUGUAUGUAUAUUAGAAUAUAGCAUGUGCAGUUUAACGUGUAUAAAGACUCUACGUAAGAAGUGAUUCGAAAUAUGAAUGAAAAAUUCUUUUCUUCCUCCUAAUUCUAAAAUGGUAUCAGAGCGCUGAAAGUCUUCUGCCAUGGUUCUGGAAACUGAAGAUCCAAAUAAUCCGCUAUAUCUUCAUCAUGCUGAAACACCAAGACAAACUCUUAUCUCUCUGAAGCUAAUGAUGAUUGUGUUGUUCUUAAGGAAAUGAAUAAAAGGUAUGAACGAAAAUGCAUUAUGCAAUUUCUCAUGGGGACUGAAGGAAUCAUUUAAUCAAGUUAGAAACCAAAUUCUCCUCAAGGAUCCUCUUCCUAGUCUUGAUGCCAUAUUCAGAUUGAUUACAAGAAGAGGCAAAUCAAGAACUCAGCUCAUCAGCAUAUAUUCCAGCAGAUUCAAUGGCUAUGGGAGCCCAGUCAUAUAACAAGAAUAAUGGAGUUGGAAAGUCAGAAUACAAGAAGUCAGGAUAUGGACAAAACUCUAACAAUUCUGGUGUAAACAAACCAAUGUGUUGUGUUUAUUGUAAGAAGACCACACUGUUGAAAAUUGUUAUGAGUUAAAUGGUUAUCUCGCAGGACAUAAACUUGCACGUUUCAAGCCUCAGGGUCGUACUCAGCAGCAAGGAGGAUGGCAAAAUAAGACUAGGGUUGUGGCUAAUACUUCAGUACAAGAAGAGGGAAACAAUGAUCAACAGAAUGGUCAUGUUGGUUUAACUCAUGAACAAUAUCAGCAUUUAUGUCUUCUUCUCAAAGAGAAUCCUAAUGUUGCUUCAUCAAAUGUGUUCCAAUCAUCUGAAAAUCCAAACCCAUCCAUCCAAGGAUCCAAAUACCUUGAACAUGAUCGGGACAGCUGAGUUGGUGCAAGGAUUGUUUCAUAUAGUCCAAGAGAACACUCCAAAGUCCAUUGUUAACAGUCUUUCUUCUGUCAAUUCUAUAAAGUCUAAAUUGUGGCAUAAACAUUUAGGCCAUCCAUCUUUUGAUAGAAUGUUGUUGUUUCAUGAUAUUUUUAAAGAUAUUCCUAUAAUAAAGUCACAAGAACCUCG